CAGGUUGAUAAAGAACAGUUUGAUAAAGUGAUGAAGUAUAUCAAUAUAGGACAGAAGGAAGGAGCCAAGAUGACAACUGGAGGAAAACGUGUGGGUGAUAAGGGAUAUUUUAUUGAACCAACCAUAUUUAAAGAUGUAGGAGAAAACAUGAAGAUUCAACAAGAAGAGGUCAGUUAUAUAGAGUGUAAGGUAGUGUUAGUUGUAUCAGCGGCCCUGCAGAACAUCACUGCCAAAAAAUGA